AUGAUUCUUGACAUGAAAGAACAGAUAAAGAAGAUGCGAAAUGAUGUUAAUGAAGAAGAUAGAUGUCCUUCUGAGCAAUGGAAGUCUGAUGAAGGCCAGGCUUGUCCUUCACACCGGAAAGAGAGUCCGCAACCUCAUCAGUGUGAGGAAGAUGACCUCAAUGACAAACCAAAAGCCAACCAUAAUGGAGACGACAAAGCUAUUAAGCCUAACACUGAAGGUCAAAGUAAUACACUAUUUAUAGAUAAGGCUAAAUUGUAUAAGGAUGUGACUGCUGUUGGUUGUCCCAGAACUAUUUAUGUUGAUUUGAAUGGUGAGAUAUUGAGGAGCGAUGAAUGUCAAUGUUUUCGUCCACGUGGUUGGAUUGAUAACAUGUCUAUAAUGUUUGCAGCCUACGAGUUCAUGUAUAAACAGAAAAUGCUGACUGGGAAGAUUAGCAGGGUUAUAUUCAAUCCUUUCUAUACAAAUGCAGUUAUCCUUGAUUGUAACAAAAGAAAGGUGAAUAGACGUGAGUGGUGUCUAGAUGACUACAGGCAUUACUUGACACGUGAUUUGGUUUCAGUGCAGGAUAUAUUAACAGCAGAUUUUGUACAAAAUGUGGAAAAUCUCUUUUGGCUAUUCUUAAAUGACAAAAAUAAAUUGAAGCCAACAUUUGAAGUCCAUAUUGAAGAUGUUCCUGAACAGCCUAAUUUGCAUGAUUGUGGUAUUAUGGUGUUGAAGUAUCUUGAGAUAUGGGAUGGCAUAAAAAGAUUUGAUGGGAAAAGCAUGCCAGCUUACACUGAUGAGGAUCUACAACAAUUCAGGCAGCAGUACAUUUGUGACUGGAUUCUUCACCCAGAAAAUAAGCAUAGGGAGGCUGUACUUGAAAUAUUUAAACCAUCUUUAAAGAAGUAG